UAAAGUUGAGAGAGAGAUUCUCUUUAGAACAAAGCAGCAGAUAUAGAGAGAUAAAAUUCUAGAGAGAGAGAGAGUGAGGAGAGAGAAAGAGCGCUUUAAAUGCUCCACUUCUCACCGGUGCCGGCAACUCCCACUUUUCCCCGGCGCAUUUUCCGGUAACGCCUCUCCCUUGAAGCAUCGCCUCCGUUCCAGAAGGAUAUUCCGGCGAAUCCUAAUCGCAUAUUCGAGUACACUAUUUUUUUUUCUCUCAGAUCAAAAUUAACCUCUCGCUCCACUUCGUUUGCCUCCAUUAAACCUCAAGAGCAAGCUUGUUCUCCGAGAUUUUUGCUACCUACUUCCUUUAUUAUCCCAGCCUUUAACUUUCCGAACAAGAUAACAAGUUCUAUCUGCUUGAUUUUCUGUAAAAUUUCUUCGCUAAAUGCGUCGAUUUUAGUCGAUAUACAUUGGGGUUUUGUUGCUGUUCAAUUUGUUUUUUUUCCGUUUUCUCUUCACAUUUUUCUCCAGCUCUCAAUUUCUAGCCGUUAGGUUUUAGCCGUUUCCCCAAUUUUUUUUUGACUAAUUUACCCCCCUUGAGUUCAGCAAUGCCUUGAGCAGUUUCAAUUUUUGUUCAAAAAAUGAGAAGCCAACUACUUGGGGGAAUUCUGUUCUUCAUUUGUUUCUCCCCCUUCUUAGCUAAAUCUCUGAGCCCUUCCCUAAACGACGACGUUUUGGGCCUAAUUGUGUUCAAGGCCGAUGUUCAAGAUCCAGACGGGAAAUUAGCUUCCUGGAACGAAGAAGACGACAGCCCUUGCAACAAUUGGGUUGGUGUGAAGUGCAACCCUAGAUCCAACAGAGUUUCCGACCUUGUUCUCGAUGGAUUCGGCCUCUCCGGCAAACUGGGCAGAGGACUUCUUCAGUUGCAGUUUCUCCGGAAGCUCUCGCUGUCGAAGAACAAUCUCACCGGAAGCGUAACCCUCAGCUUCGCUCAGCUCUCCGAUCUUAGGGUUCUCGACUUGAGUGAAAACAGCUUCUCUGGCUCUAUCCCGAGUGAUUUCUUUACCCAAUGUGGGUCUUUAAGAUCCAUUUCCUUGGCCAGAAACAAAUUUUCAGGCCCGAUUCCGGAGAGUUUAGCCUCAUGUUCGGCUCUUGUUUCGCUCAACUUCUCGGGGAAUCAGUUAUCGGGUUCGUUGCCUUUGGGGCUUUGGGCUUUAUCAGGGCUUCGGUCGCUUGAUUUCUCCGAAAAUGUGCUGGAGGGUGUUAUCCCUGAGGCUAUCGAGAGCUUGAACAAUUUGAGGGCGAUAAGUUUGAGAAAUAAUCGGCUUAGCGGUGAAGUUCCCGAUGGAAUCGGGAAUUGUUUGCUGUUGAGAUCGAUCGAUUUGAGUGGAAACUCGUUUUCCGGGAGGCUUCCGAGCACGAUUCAGAAGCUGUCGUUGUGUAAUAAUCUGGUUUUAGGCAAGAACGGUUUUGAGGGCGAUUUGUCUGAAUGGAUUGGAGAAAUGAGAAGCCUCGAGAGUCUCGAUCUUUCGGAGAACGGCCUUAGCGGCCGAAUUCCAGAUUCUCUUGGGAAGCUUCAGUCUUUGAAGGUUCUGAAUGUUUCCAAGAAUGCCCUCAAUGGAAGCUUGCCCGAGUCCAUGAGCAAUUGUACGAAUCUUCUGUCGUUUGAUAUUAGUCAUAAUUCUCUGACAGGCAAUCUUCCUUCCUGGAUAUUCGAACUCGGGUUGGAGCAAGUUCUGUUUUCUGGCAAUGGGUUAACCGGAGGGAUUGGUAAUGCUUUUGGUUCGUCGAAGGAGAACUCUCAGAAAAAGGUUUUGAUUUUGGACGUCUCCCAAAAUAAAUUAUCCGGUGAAAUUCCGUCAUCUUUGGGGGAUUUCGGUAAUUUGCAGUCGUUGAAUAUGGCGAGGAAUUCUUUCGUGGGGAGCAUUCCUGCAGAAAUCGGAUGGUUGAAGAGCUUAAGUGUUCUGGAUUUGAGCGAGAAUCGGAUAAACGGUAGUAUUCCUUCUGAUAUUGGAUCACUCGCAUCUCUUAACGAAUUACGACUGGAGAAGAACUUGUUGGAGGGUUACAUUCCUUUAUCUAUCGGAAAUUGCGCUGCUCUUACAUCACUGUCAUUAGCUCACAAUGAAAUAGCUGGUCCUAUUCCUGCAUCUCUUGCAAAGCUCAAUCACCUUCAAACGGUAGACUUCUCUUUCAACAAGCUAACGGGACCGUUACCAAAGCAGCUAGCGAAUCUCGUAAGCCUUCGUGUAUUCAACAUCUCGCACAACCAGCUCCAAGGCGAUCUGCCAGCUGGUGCUUUCUUCAACACCAUCGAUCCAUCGUCUGUCACCGGAAACCCCUCCCUCUGCGGGUCCGCAGUCAACACCACUUGCCCCACCGUCCUUCCCAAACCAAUCGUACUUAAUCCCAACGACACCACUCCGGGCGGCGGCACCACCACCCCCACCACCCUCCAAUCCCGUUUCGGCGGUGGAAAGAAAAUCCUCAGCAUCUCCGCCCUCAUCGCCAUCGGCGCAGCUGCCUCCAUCGUCGUCGGAGUGAUCGCAAUCACAGUCCUCAACCUCCGCGUGCGGGGCGGUGAUCGCGAUCGCCGCCACCCUGAUGCCGCCCUCACUUUCUCCGGCGGUGGUGACUUCAGCCGCUCCCCCUCGACGGAUGGAGAAUCAGGGAAGUUGGUCAUGUUCUCUGGCGACCCCGAGUUCAGCACUGGGACCCACGCCCUCCUCAACAAGGACUGCGAGCUGGGCCGAGGCGGCUUCGGGGCGGUGUACCGGACCAUGCUGGGCGAUGGCCGCCCCGUCGCCAUCAAGAAGCUCACAGUCUCGAGCCUCGUAAAAUCUCAAGACGAUUUCGAAAGGGAGGUUAAAAAAUUAUCAAAAGCCCGUCACGAAAAUCUCGUGGCACUCGACGGAUACUAUUGGACCCCGUCUCUGCAGCUACUCAUCUACGAAUUCGUAUCCGGAGGGAAUCUUUACAAGCAUCUCCACGAGGAAUCUUCCGGAAGAUGCCUAUCGUGGAACGAGCGGUACAACAUCGUUCUUGGUGCGGCAAGAGGGCUGGCCCACCUCCACCGCACGAACAUAAUCCACUACAAUUUGAAAUCGAGCAAUAUCUUAAUCGACGAAGGGUCGGGCGAAAUUAAAGUGGCGGAUUAUGGUUUGGCGAGAUUGCUGCCUAUGUUGGACCGUUAUGUAUUGAGCAGUAAGAUACAGAGCGCUCUCGGAUACAUGGCGCCUGAAUUUGCAUGCAAAACGGUGAAAAUAACGGAAAAAUGCGACGUGUACGGAUUCGGGAUUUUGGUUCUUGAAGUUCUGACGGGGAAGAGGCCCGUUGAGUAUAUGGAGGAUGACGUGGUGGUGCUUUCCGAUAUGGUGAGAGGAGCGGUGGAAGAAGGGAGGGUGGAGGAGUGCGUUGAUUCUAGAAUGCUGGGGAAGUUUCCGGUGGAGGAGGCGAUUCCGGUGAUGAAACUAGGGUUGAUUUGUACCUCGCAAGUGCCUUCGAAUAGGCCCGAUAUGGACGAGGUGGUUAAUAUAUUGGAGAUGAUUCGACGGUGCCCUUCUCAAAGCAGCCAGGACGACGAGUUGGUGCCCGAUUUUUAGCUAACUGUUAACGUCGAAGAAAGUCGAAGAAGAAUCUGGUUGGUUUAUCUUGAAAGGAGAGAGAGAGAGAGAGAGAGAAGUGUAGAUUUUUAGCAGUUGAAAUUUGAUUAGAUCCCAUUUGUGAUGAUGUUAUUUUUAAUUUUAAAUGUUGGAAUAUUUUGGUUCAUUAGGUUUGGAAUUUGUUGUAGUAUCUUCUUUCUCCUUUGAUGAACCAAAUGUGAUUUAUGUUGGUAAGAAAAACCCUUUAAUUUGUUGGAUUAUUAUUACAUGCUCUGAUUUAUGUUC